UCUGAGGGGGAGUGUACUUCCAGGUAUGGACAAAAUGAAAAACUAAAAUCCCAAAAUGUCAAAUGUUAUUUGUUUUAAGUUACUUCAUGUCCAACUUUGAAACAAUCAAUGAGAGAAAUUAGAGAACAAGUUGAGUUACAAUUUUCGUUUCUCAACUUUAGAAACUAACAACUAGCCGUUUUCUGUUUUCCAUUACUUUUUGACUAGGAAAUCAAAACAAGAAAAGUACACGGACCUUCCCAACCCAAUCCUUGCCCCAGCCUCCUUUUUAGUUCACCGUUAUUUAUUGAGCAGAUUCCUGUGAACACAUCGCCUGGCACGAGUCGCAGAGGUUUUUCGGAGAGUUUGGAGCAAGUCUGACAAAGCAUGGAAGAGUUGGCGAGGGAAAGCAUCAGCUUGCUCGCCAAGCCCACACUCGAUACAGAUGGCCCAAGACUUGGAUCUUUGGGAGCAAUUUUCAUCAUGCUCAAAUCUGCGCUUGGUGCGGGACUUCUCAACUUCCCAUGGGCUUUCGAGAAAGCCGGUGGAAUUCGCUCCGCCGUCGCAGUGGAGAUGGUGUCCCUGGUGUUCCUCAUCAGUGGCCUGGUAAUCCUGGGCUACUCCUCCUCCAUCAGUGGCCGGAACACGUACCAGGCCGUGGUGAAGGAUGUGUGUGGGCCUGCCAUCGGGCAGCUCUGUGAGGUUGUGUUCGUCUUCAACCUCUUCAUGAUCUCUGUGGCCUUCCUGGUCAUAGUGUCGGACCAGCUGAAGAAACUAAGCAUCUCCCUUUAUGAGUUGAUCACUGGAUUGCCCGAGACAGAUAUGCCAUACCACUGGUACACACACCCACAUUUCGCCCUCAUCCUCCUGUGUGUCUUCCUCAUCCUCCCUCUCUCCAUCCCUAAAGAGAUCAGUAUUCAGAAGUACAUCAGUGUUUUAGGUACUCUGGCGGCUACAUACCUAACAGUGGCCAUGAUUGUGAAAUAUCACACAAGAGACAGCAGUGAUGUGCAUAUAUCCCCCUUGUACACAAGUGGAAUAAGCUCUUGGGCUUCGAUGUUCAGCGUUAUCCCAACCAUCUGCUUUGGCUUUCAGUGUCACGAGGCCUGCAUAGCCAUCUACAGCAGCAUGGAGAACAAAAGCCUGUCCCAUUGGGUGUUCAUCUCUGUGGUGUCCAUGUUCUUCUGCCUGGUCAUUUACUCCCUAACUGGUGUUUACGGAUACCUGACAUUUGGCAAGGAUGUUGCAGCAGAUAUUCUGAUGUCAUACACAGGGGACGAUGUCCUCAUGAUCAUUGCAAGACUGCUCUUUGGGAUCUCUAUCAUCACCAUCUUCCCCAUCAUCCUCCUGCUAGGAAGGUCCGUGAUUCAGGACCCACUGCUGAGUUUCUGUCGGCGCUUCCAUGUUGUGACCGAGUCGUAUGAGAACUGUAGCCGCGUGGGGCUGACUAUAGCCUGGAUCACCAUCACCCUGCUCAUUGCCAUGUUCAUCCCAGACAUCAGCAAGGUUAUCAGUAUCAUUGGGGGAAUCAGCGCAUUUUUCAUUUUCAUCUUCCCAGGGCUAUGUCUAGUAUUUGCCAUGCAGUCAGAGCAAGUAUCUUUCAAAACACGAGUGGUCCUAACAACAUGGGGGAUGAUCACUCUGAUCUGUGGGGCCUUCAUCUUUGGACAGAGCACCACCAUCGCCAUCAUACAGCUCAUCAAUAAGAGCUAACCCUAACUGGUAUAUGUCUUCAUUGUGUGAGAGUUGUUGACUGGGUAGGAAUAGGGGAGUUUUCUGUUCUCAUUCUUCUUCCUUUUGUAUUAUUUAAUUUGCACAAUGUGUUCUGCUCACUGUCUGAUACACUGAAGGAAAUCAGAAUGGAGGUUUACAUAGGUUAAAGUCUUUUCAGCAUAAUGAAAGGAUGGCCAUAGAGUGAACACGUCAAAUGGGGCUGGGGGAGAAAGUGAGUUAUUUUGACUUUUUGUUAAUGUGUGUGUGGUGUUUGCUUUGAUAUCUUGAAUGAACAUAAAUGGUGUAUUCUCUCAUAGGUUGCUGUCUCAAGUUACGAUUCUGACUUUUGUGUACAAUAUGUCGAUGAUUUUCAUUGUAUUGACAUGUUUAUCAGAAGUAAAAUGUUUUAUAGGAAAUAUGCGCUGGCAUUUGUUUUUCAUUAGUCGUCAUACUACAUGUUGUGUGCUUUCCCAGAAAUGUAAAGCAAUGAAGCAACAGAUUCAUGGUGUAUUUCCAUUUUAU